AUGUCUGCGCCUGCGGAUGCGGUGGCGGCUGCCGACGACCUGGGCGGUGGUGACGACCUGGCCAUGGGUUCUUUGGCGACACAAGGAAUGCGACAGUCGCUGGAGGUGGAGACGGGCACGGACGACAUGAUCGACACUGCCGACAGCGCGGACGACAGCGGUGGUGCCGCAUCCCCCAUGGCUGCUUCUGGCGAUGUGGGCGACGAGCCGUUUGAGAUCGUCGACUUUACCACCGUCUCGCCGUUUGAAAAGCUGGUGGCCAAGCUCGAGGCGCUGCUCCGCGAGUGGGGCCUCUUUGGCUUCUCGGAGCUCUCGGACGCGCUCACGACGGCGUCGGGCGCGGUUGAGUACAAGGGCAAGAUGCUGACGCUCUCGGUGGUCUUUGGCUCACCGCCGGGCUCGCUCCCGGUCCCGCCGCCCGAGGCCGAGCACUUUCCGCGGGCCAUGAUUGGGUACAUGGACCCGAGCGACGACUUUGCAUACCGCGUGCCGGACAUUACGCGGUGGUUUGGGACCAAGGACUUUGCCGUCCUCGAGCCCGAUGAUGCCGUCAAGGACUAUGCCUUUGCUGCUGAGCUCCUCUCGGCGCUCACAGUCGCCAUGGACUACGCUGCGUGUACCCUCCCGCACUUUGUGCCCGUCGACGGCUCGGCCAAGUCUGCGUACAUUGGAUACAUGGCCCACGGCUCGGCCGUCCUCCGCAUGGAGUCGUCGGCGGUGGCCACCGUCCCGCCGGCUGCGCAGCAUCUCGAUGGCCUGCUCGCUGCUUUUGGUGCGCUCUUUGCCCAGCGCCACCUCCCGCCCAACGUCCCGCGUCCGCCGCGCCCGCCGGGUGCCGCCGGCGACGACGCCUCGGCCCCGCUUGUCUCGAUCCAGUACACGUUUGUGCGUGGCCCAGAGUGGGUGGCGUGGCGGGCCAAGCGUGCGGUCGCUCCCGGCGCUGCGGUGCCUGGGCGCUGCGGCUGGGGCGACGGUGCGCCCUCGCUCCAGCUAUGGGGGCCGGGCACCGACCCGCUCCUCGGCGUCUACCUCUUCACCACCUGGCCGCAGUUUCCGCACGACACCUUUGUCGACUCGGAGAGGUACUCGGACCUCCAGCCGCGCGCGGCGCCGAUGUGGACGCUGCGUCUGGAGCGAGCGCGCGAGAGUGACGGUGGGCUGACCGCCGCGCUCCACGGUGCGCUCCUCACGUUCCGUGACGCGCAGACCGUGCUCACCCUUGCCGAGCUGCUGCCGCCGCCGCCGCCAGCUAUUGCCGCCGCACGCCGGACGCCCAAACCGCUCAUCAACCGCAUUGUUGCCAUGGCCGGUGCCUCCUCCUCGCAGCUCGUCUCACCUUCGACCGUCCCGUCGCAGAUCGAGCUCGGCUCGCUGAUGCGGACUCUUUUCCAGCACCGGCCCAAUGUUGCGCCUCAGUCGCCAGACCCGCCACUGCCGCCGCCUCUGGAGGCGCUGUGUGGCACCGGGACGUUCAAGGCUGCCCCGCGCGGCUCGCUCGUCGCCGACCUUGCCGGCGCGGUCCUCGACUACGGCGUUAAGGGUGUGGCCAUGGUCUGGGAGGCGUUUGCCGCCGAGCUUCGCCGCGCGUGGGAGGCCGACGAGCCGCUGCCGGGCAUGCCGCGGCUCCCGGCCCUCCCCUCAUUCUGUCGCCACGACGUGUUCUCCACUCCGCAAGCUGCCGCCGCCGCCGCCCGCGGCCACGUCCAGGUCUCGCUCUUUCCGCCCAACCUCCACAUCGAGACCCGCGCCUCGGUCCUCGCCCAGAAGACUGAGAUGGUUGCCAUUGCCAUCCUCACCCGCAAGUUCUACGCACACCUUGCCGACACUGCUGGCAUCGAGUACGAGGUCCCGGUCGAGUAUUCUGUUGAGGGUAACGCCUCUGCAGCCGCGCUUGACGCCGGGGCCAGGGACAGUGCCGACUCGGACGGCGAUGGGUUCUUUGACGCGUCCGACACACCCAUGCCGGCUGUUCGCCGUGGCGCGCUGUGGCCGAUGGAGCCGCGGCGCGAGUUGCUGCACGCGGCGCCGGGCUCGGGCGAUGCCGCCAUCUACGUCCCGCUCGCACCGGUGCACAACUUUAUGACCGAGGACCUGAUGGAGGAGCUCGAGGAGCUGCUGUUCCAGCUCGGAACUUCGCCCAAGGCUGCUGAUCAGCGGGCCGAGAUGCAGUCAGCGUCACUGUAUGCAGACAUGUGUGGCUUCAAGGCGGCAAACCCGGGUGCAGUGGUGGAGGACUUUGUCCGAUGGCACUCGCCGCGCGACUUUGACGAGGAGAGCCGUUCGCUCUCGGUCCGCUUUGCCGGUGACGCCGGCGACAACCUCUGGCUGCGGCUGUGGGACAAGGCGCAGCCGGCACCAAUGUGGGAGCAAGAGCCGCUCUUUGACUGCGAGAAGCAGGCCGAGCACGCGCUGGCUUUUCUGGAGCAUCUCUCGCCGGCGCUCCUCGUCCAGCUCCUCCUGCCGUGCCUCUGGGCCCGCGCCGCCGAGGCCCUCUUUGCCGAUGCCCGCCUCGCGCAGCUGUCGUACGUCAGCGCCGCGGCCACCACCUUUGCGGCGGUUGUCAAAAAGUGCCGCAAGCUCUUCCGCAAGCUCGAUGCGGUCAACGCGCAGGCCUUUGAAGCCCGCGCCGCUUACACCGCGAACAGCGGCGGGUCGCGCAGCAUGCGACCGGGCCUCAUGGCCCGCGCCGCUGAGCUCAAUGCGCAAGGCGCCGUGCUCGAGGCCCAGGCGCUCGCUUUUCUCGCUGCGUUUUCCCAGCUCGAGGCCGACGUGGCGCUCGCGGCGUCACUGCUGUACAAGAUGGGCGACGCCGAUGGUAUGGCGGCACUCCUCGACGACGUCCUCGUUGCUGAGGUCGGACUCGUGCCAACCGCGCUCCGAGACCCGGUCCUCGCCGUGUUUGAGGACAACGGCGCCAAGGCUGUCGCCGCCACCCGCGAGUUUAUCAUCCGCCAGCGCAAGGCCCUGCCGUGGGAGGGCGGCCUCGCCCUCGGCCAGCGCAUGUACGUCGCCCUCUCUGGCGACGCCUUCCGGGUCGCCACCGUCCAGGCCCAUGCCGAGUAAAUGCAGAUUGCAGCUCA